GUCCCUGAAACAACACCAUCAUCAGAUGGAGGUGCAUGUGGUGGAAUUUUGACUCAAUCAAAAGGGGAAUUUUUCAGCCCCAAUUUUCCCUAUAAUUAUCCUAAUGGUGCUAGGUGCACAUGGAGGCUGCAGGGUCCUGAGCAGAAGGUGGUUUCAUUAACCUUCACGUUUGUUGAUUUGGAGUCAAACUGGGACUCAGUCCAUAUGUAUGAUGGUCUGACUGAUGAGGAUCCACAUUUGGGUGUUGUGACUGCAAAUCGGACAAACUCAUUCAACUCCAGCAGCAGAUACAUGACCAUCAUUUUCUCCAGUGAUUGGAGCGUGACUCAAAUAGGCUUUCGAGCAGAAUGGGCUUUCAUAGAUUCCCCAUCCUGCAGGUAUAACUGUGGUAACAAUCUCAGUGUGUGUUCCUGCAACAGCGACUGUCAGGACAACAGAAACUGCUGCUAUGAUUAUAAUGAUUACUGUUCCACAUCUGUCCCUGAAACAACACCAUCAUCAGAUGGAGCUCCAUGUGGUGGAAAUUUGACUCAAUCAAAAGGGGAAUUUUUUAGCCCCAAUUUUCCCCUUAAUUAUCCUAAUAAUGCUGUGUGCACAUGGAGGCUGCAGGGUCCUGAGCAGAAGGUGGUUUCAUUAACCUUCACGUUUGUUGAUAUCGAGUCAUGCUCAGGCUGUGGGUGUGAUGCUGUACGUGUGUACGACGGCCCGUCCACGUCAUCUCUGUUAUUGGGAACUGUGUGUGGAUAUGGAAGGAAGACAUUCAGCUCGAGCAGGAACACUCUAACUGUGUUUUUCUUCAGCGAUAGCUCUGUUAACCGAAGAGGAUUCAUCGCACACUGGAACUUUACAGAUUCCCCAUCCUGCAGGUAUAACUGUGGUAACAAUCUCAGUGUGUGUUCCUGCAACAGCGACUGUCAGGACAACAGAAACUGCUGCUAUGAUUAUAAUGAUUACUGUUCCACAACUGUCCCUGAAACCACACCACCACAAUCAGAUGGAGGUGCAUGUGGUGGAAUUUUAACUCAAUCAAAAGGAGAAUUUUUCAGUCCCAAUUUCCCCCUUAAUUAUCCUAAUAAUGCUGAGUGCACAUGGAGGCUGCAGGGUCCUGAGCAGAAGGUGGUUUCAUUAACCUUCACGUUUGUUGAUUUGGAGUCAAACGUGGACUUAGUCCAUGUGUACGAUGGUCUGACUGAUGAGGAUCCACAUUUGGGUGUUGUGACUGCAAAUCAGACAAAUUCAUUCAACUCCAGCAGCAGACACAUGACCGUCAUUUUCUCCAGUGAUUGGAGCGUGACUCAACAAGGCUUUCGAGCAGAAUGGGCUUUCAUAGAUGGAGCUCUAUGUGGUGGAAAUUUGACUCAAUCAAAAGGGGAAUUUUUCAGCCCCAAUUUUCCCCGUAAUUAUCCUAAUAAUGCUGAGUGCACAUGGAGGCUGCAGGGUCCUGAGCAGAAGGUGGUUUCAUUAACCUUCACGUUUGUUGAUUUGGAGUUAAACUGGGACUCAGUAGAUGUGUACGAUGGUCUGACUGAUGAGGAUCCACAUUUGGGUGCUGUGACCCAGACAAAUUCAUUCAACUCCAGCAGCAGAUACAUGACCGUCAUUUUCUCCAGUGAUGAGGGCUGGACUCAACAAGGCUUUCGAGCAGAAUGGGCUUUCAUAGAUUCCCCAUCCUGCAGGUAUAACUGUGGUAACAAUCUCAGUGUGUGUUCCUGCACCAGUGACUGUCAGGACAACAGAAACUGCUGCUAUGAUUAUAAUGAUUACUGUUCCACAUCUGUCCCUGAAACAACACCACCAUCAUCAGAUGGAGGUCCAUGUGGUGGAAAUUUGACUCAAUCAAAAGGGGAAUUUUUCAGCCCCAAUUUUCCCUAUAAUUAUCCUAAUAAUGCUAGGUGCACAUGGAGGCUGCAGGGUCCUGAGCAGAAGGUGGUUUCAUUAACCUUCACGUUUGUUGAUUUGGAGUCAAACUGGGACUCAGUCCAUAUGUAUGAUGGUCUGACUGCUGAGGAUCCACAUUUGGGUGUUGUGACUGCAAAUCAGACAAACUCAUUCAACUCCAGCAGCAGAUACAUGACCGUCAUUUUCUCCAGUGAUUGGAGCUGGACUCAAAAAGGCUUUCGAGCAGAAUGGGCUUUCAUAGAUUCCCCAUCCUGCAGGUAUAACUGUGGUAACAAUCUCAGUGUGUGUUCCUGCAACAGCGACUGUCAGGACAACAGAAACUGCUGCUAUGAUUAUAAUGAUUACUGUUCCACAUCUGUCCCUGAAACAGCAACACCAUCAUCAGGUGGAGAUCCAUGUGGUGGAGAUCUGACUCAGUCACAAGGGGAAUUUUUUAGCCCCAAUUUUCCCAAUAAUUAUCCUGAGGGUACAAAUUGCAAAUGGAGGCUCGUGAGCCCUGAGCAGCAGGUGGUUUCGUUAACCUUCAUGUCUGUUGAUAUCGAGUCAUGCUCAGGCUGUGGGUGUGAUGCUGUACGUGUGUACGACGGCCCUUCCACGUCAUCUCUGUUAUUGGGAACUGUGUGUGGAUAUGGAAGGAAGACAUUCAGCUCGAGCAGGAACACCCUAACUGUGUUUUUCUUCAGCGAUAGCUCUGUUAACCGAAGAGGAUUCAUCGCACACUGGAACUUUACAGAUUCCCCAUCCUGCAGGUAUAACUGUGGUAACAAUCUCAGUGUGUGUUCCUGCAACAGCGACUGUCAGGACAACAGAAACUGCUGCUAUGAUUAUAAUGAUUACUGUUCCACAUCUGUCCCUGAAACAGCAACACCAUCAUCAGGUGGAGAUCCAUGUGGUGGAGAUCUGACUCAGUCACAAGGGGAAUUUUUUAGCCCCAAUUUUCCCAAUAAUUAUCCUGAGGGUACAAAUUGCAAAUGGAGGCUCGUGAGCCCUGAGCAGCAGGUGGUUUCGUUAACCUUCAUGUCUGUUGAUAUCGAGUCAUGCUCAGGCUGUGGGUGUGAUGCUGUACGUGUGUACGACGGCCCUUCCACGUCAUCUCUGUUAUUGGGAACUGUGUGUGGAUAUGGAAGGAAGACAUUCAGCUCGAGCAGGAACACCCUAACUGUGUUUUUCUUCAGCGAUAGCUCUGUUAACCGAAGAGGAUUCAUCGCACACUGGAACUUUACAGAUUCCCCAUCCUGCAGGUAUAACUGUGGUAACAAUCUCAGUGUGUGUUCCUGCAACAGCGACUGUCAGGACAACAGAAACUGCUGCUAUGAUUAUAAUGAUUACUGUUCCACAACUGUCCCUGAAACAACAACACCAUCAUCAGAUGGAGCUCCAUGUGGUGGAAAUUUGACUCAAUCAAAAGGGGAAUUUUUCAGCCCCAGUUUCCCCCUUAAUUAUCCUAAUAAUGCUGUGUGCACAUGGAGGCUGCAGGGUCCUGAGCAGAAGGUGGUUUCAUUAACCUUCACGUUUGUUGAUAUCGAGUCAUGCUCAGGCUGUGGGUGUGAUGCUGUACGUGUGUACGACGGCCCUUCCACGUCAUCUCUGUUAUUGGGAACUGUGUGUGGAUAUGGAAGGAAGACAUUCAGCUCGAGCAGAAACACUCUAACUGUGUUUUUCUUCAGCGAUAGCUCUUUUAACCGAAGAGGAUUCAUCGCACACUGGAACUUUACAGAUUCCCCAUCCUGCAGGUAUAACUGUGGUAACAAUCUCAGUGUGUGUUCCUGCAACAGCGACUGUCAGGACAACAGAAACUGCUGCUAUGAUUAUAAUGAUUACUGUUCCACAACUGUCCCUGAAACAACAACACCAUCAUCAGAUGGAGCUCCAUGUGGUGGAAAUUUGACUCAAUCAAAAGGGGAAUUUUUCAGCCCCAGUUUCCCCCUUAAUUAUCCUAAUAAUGCUGUGUGCACAUGGAGGCUGCAGGGUCCUGAGCAGAAGGUGGUUUCAUUAACCUUCACGUUUGUUGAUAUCGAGUCAUGCUCAGGCUGUGGGUGUGAUGCUGUACGUGUGUACGACGGCCCUUCCACGUCAUCUCUGUUAUUGGGAACUGUGUGUGGAUAUGGAAGGAAGACAUUCAGCUCGAGCAGGAACACUCUAACUGUGUUUUUCUCCAGCGAUACCUCUGUUAACCGAAGAGGAUUCAUCGCACACUGGAACUUUACAGAUUCCCCAUCCUGCAGGUAUAACUGUGGUAACAAUCUCAGUGUGUGUUCCUGCAACAGUGACUGUCAGGACAACAGAAACUGCUGCUAUGAUUAUAAUGAUUACUGUUCCACAACUGUCCCUGAAACAACACCACCAUCAUCAGAUGGAGGUCCAUGUGGUGGAAUUUUGACUCAAUCAAAAGGGGAAUUUUUCAGCCCCAAUUUCCCCCUUAAUUAUCCUAAUAAUGCUGAGUGCACAUGGAGGCUGCAGGGUCCUGAGCAGAAGGUGGUUUCAUUAACCUUCACGUUUGUUGAUUUGGAGUCAAACUGGGACUCAGUCCAUAUGUAUGAUGGUCUGACUGAUGAGGAUCCACAUUUGGGUGUUGUGACUGCAAAUCAGACAAACUCAUUCAACUCCAGCAGCAGAUACAUGACCGUCAUUUUCUCCAGUGAUUGGAGCGUGACUCAAAAAGGCUUUCGAGCAGAAUGGGCUUUCAUAGAUUCCCCAUCCUGCAGGUAUAACUGUGGUAACAAUCUCAGUGUGUGUUCCUGCAACAGUGACUGUCAGGACAACAGAAACUGCUGCUAUGAUUAUAAUGAUUACUGUUCCACAACUGUCCCUGAAACAACACCACCAUCAGAUGGAGCUCCAUGUGGUGGAAAUUUGACUCAAUCAAAAGGGGAAUUUUUCAGCCCCAGUUUCCCCCUUAAUUAUCCUAAAAAUGCUGAGUGCACAUGGAGGCUGCAGGGUCCUGAGCAGAAGGUGGUUUCAUUAACCUUCACGUUUGUUGAUAUCGAGUCAUGCUCAGGCUGUGGGUGUGAUGCUGUACGUGUGUACGACGGCCCGUCCACGUCAUCUCUGUUAUUGGGAACUGUGUGUGGAUAUGGAAGGAAGACAUUCAGCUCGAGCAGGAACACCCUAACUGUGUUUUUCUUCAGCGAUAGCUCUGUUAACCGAAGAGGAUUCAUCGCACACUGGAACUUUACAGAUUCCCCAUCCUGCAGGUAUAACUGUGGUAACAAUCUCAGUGUGUGUUCCUGCAACAGCGACUGUCAGGACAACAGAAACUGCUGCUAUGAUUAUAAUGAUUACUGUUCCACAACUGUCCCUGAAACAACACCACCAUCAGAUGGAGGUGCAUGUGGUGGAAUUUUGACUCAAUCAAAAGGAGAAUUUUUCAGCCCCAAUUUCCCCCUUAAUUAUCCCAAUAAUGCUGAGUGCACAUGGAGGCUGCAGGGUCCUGAUCAGAAGGUGGUUUCAUUAACCUUCACGUUUGUUGAUCUGGAGUCAAACGUGGACUUAGUCCAUGUGUAUGAUGGUCUCACUGAUGAGGAUACACAUUUGGGUGUUGUGACUGCAAAUCAGACAAAUUCAUUCAACUCCAGCAGCAGAUACAUGACCGUCAUUUUCUGGAGUGAUUGGAGCGUGACUCAACAAGGCUUUCGAGCAGAAUGGGCUUUCAUAGAUUCCCCAUCCUGCAGGUAUAACUGUGGUAACAAUCUCAGUGUGUGUUCCUGCACCAGUGACUGUCAGGACAACAGAAACUGCUGCUACGAUUAUGAUGAUUACUGUUUUACAUCUGUCCCUGAAACAACACCACCAUCAUCAGAUGGAGGUCCAUGUGGUGGAAAUUUGACUCAAUCAAAAGGGGAAUUUUUCAGCCCCAAUUUUCCCCAUAAUUAUCCUAAUAGUGCUAGGUGCACAUGGAGGCUGCAGGGUCCUGAGCAGAAGGUGGUUUCAUUAACCUUCACGUUUGUUGAUUUGGAGUCAAACUGGGACUCAGUCCAUGUGUAUGAUGGUCUGACUAAUGAGGAUCCACAUUUGGGUGUUGUGACUGCAAAUCAGACAAAUUCAUUCAAUUCCAGCAGCAGAUACAUGACCGUCAUUUUCUCGAGUGAUUGGAGCACGACUCAAAAAGGCUUUCGAGCAGAAUGGGCUUUCAUAGAUACUGAAAUGAUACAAACUCCACAAACAGAAGAAGAAGAUUGUUCAGACAGAGCUGAUCCUGAAGUACCAUCAGAUGAAGUUUUGUGUGGUGAAGAUCUGACUCAGUUGAAAGGGGAAUUCUUCAGCCCCAAUUAUCCCAAUAGUUAUCCAGAUGCAGAGUGCACAUGGAGGCUCCAUGGUUCUGAGCAGCAGUUGAUUAUGCUAAACUUCACAUUUGUUGAACUGGAGUGGUGGAUGGACCUGAUCCAUGUGUACGAUGGUCCAAGUGACGAGUCUCCACUUUUGGACAUUUUGACUGGAAAUCGUAGAAAUUCUUUCAAUUCCAGUGGCAGAUACAUGACAGUCACUUUCUCCAGCUAUGACAGCAUGGUUUACAAAGGGUUUCGGGCAGAAUGGAAUUUCCUGGAUUCCCCAUCCUGCAGGUGUAACUGUGGCUACAAUCUCAGUGUGUGUUCCUGCACCAGCGACUGUCGGGUUAACAGACACUGCUGUUAUGAUUAUGAUGAUUAUUGUUCCAGUACAACAACAACACCAGUCUACUGUUUCACUACAACUGGUCCUGAGACAACAACACCAACAGAGUCUGGCACAACAGAAGAAACAACAACAACAACAACAACAACAACAGAAGAAACAGCACCAGAAGAAACAACAGCAGAAGACUGUUCAGACAGAGCUGAUUCUGAAGCACCAUCAGAUGAAGUUUUGUGUGGUGAAGAUCUGACUCAGUUGAAAGGGGAAUUCUUCAGCCCCAAUUAUCCCAAUAGUUAUCCAGAUGCAGAGUGCACAUGGAGGCUCCUUGGUUCUGAGCAGCAGUUGGUUAUGCUAAACUUCACAUUUGUUGACCUGGAGUGGUGGAUGGACCUGAUCCAUGUGUACGAUGGUCCAAGUGACGAGUCUCCACUUUUGGACAUUUUGACUGGAAAUCGUAGAAAUUCUUUCAAUUCCAGUGGCAGAUACAUGACAGUCACUUUCUCCAGCUAUGACAGCAUGGUUUACAAAGGGUUUCGGGCAGAAUGGAAUUUCCUGGAUUCCCCAUCCUGCAGGUGUAACUGUGGCUACAAUCUCAGUGUGUGUUCCUGCACCAGCGACUGUCGGGACAACAGACACUGUUGUUAUGAUUAUGAUGAUUAUUGUUCCAGUACAACAACAACACCAGUCUACUGUUUCACUACAACUGGUCCUGAGACAACAACACCAACAGAGUCUGGCACAACAGAAGAAACAACAACAACAACAACAACAGAAGAAACAACACCAGAAAAAACAACACCAGUGUCUGGCACAACAGAAGAAACAACAACAACAAAAACAACACCAGAUACUAAAGCAACAAAAACUACACCAAGAAAAGAGACGGACACAACAAAAACUACAAAGAAAAAAGAUGAUGAUAAAAAACAAAACGACAAAAAGGACAACAAUGAGCGUGGCCUUCAAAAAGUUUCCAGUUCUACUUUUCCCUCCAUUCUACCCAUGGUCCCCUUUCUAUUACUUCUUCCCUUUGUCCCCUUUUUCCCCAUUUUCUCCUUGUUCUCCACUCUCUCCAUUCUACCCAGUUUCUUCUUUCCUCUCUUUAACCCCUUUCCCAAUCUCACCCCAAUGCUUCCCAUGCCAAUUAACCCCCCUCCACCCAUGAUUCCGUGGCCAACGGACAGGAUAAAAGUCACACAAAAACCAGAUACUGAACCAACACAACCUCCACAAACGACAGCAGGCACAACAACAGAAGGAUCCUGGGAAACAACAGCAGACACUGCACUGACACAAACUCCACGAACAGAAGCAGGCACAACAACAGAAGGAGCCUGGGAAACAACAGCAGAUACUGCACUGACACAAACUCAACAAACAGAUACUGCACUGACACAAACUCCACAAACAGAAGCAGGCACAACAACAGAAGGAACCUGGGAAACAACAGCAGAUACUGAAUCGAGACAAACUACCCAAACAGAACCAGGCCCAACAACAAAAGGAACCUGGGAAACAACAGCAGGUGGAGUUUUAAUGUUGAAAUUGAUUUUGAAUCUGAUUUUUCUCAAACAGUUUUCUGUGUAA